AUGAUUGUCUGGUCGAUCCUGCUGACCUUGCUUCUGGCAGGUACCAGCCAUGGCAAAGCAGUAUUUGCCCAUUUUAUGGUUGGCAAUGCUGCAAACUAUACGGGAAGUGAUGUGCAAGACGACAUUUCUCAGGCCCAAGCAGCUCACAUCGACGCCUUCGCUUUGAAUAUAGCGAGCAACAAUCCUGUCAAUGAUGUAGUGAUAUCUAUGUUCUUCCAGGAAGCGGACAAACUUGGGUUCCAGUUAUUUUUCUCUUUCGAUUAUGCAGGGAACGGGCCAUGGUCUAUGAGCGACGUGAUCAAUCUGAUCAACAAAUACGGUGGGAAGAGCUCUUACUACCACUACAAUGGCCAACCUUUCGUGUCGACCUUUGAGGGCCCUGCAAAUUCGGAUGACUGGCUCUAUAUUAAACAGGCGACGGGGUGCUUCUUUGUACCAGACUGGUCGUCCUUGGGGGCUAAACCAGCAGUAGAGUUAGGCACAGCGGAUGGUCUUUUCAACUGGGCGGCUUGGCCAUGGGGGGGUCAAGAGAUGAACACUUACGUGGACGCCUCAUAUAUCGAGUAUUUGGGGGAUCUCCCUUAUAUGAUGCCGGCUUCGCCAUGGUUUUAUACCAACCUUCCGGGGUACAACAAGAAUUGGCUGUGGCGUGGCGACAACCUGUGGUACGACCGAUGGCAGGAGAUCUGGUAUCUCAAGCCACCGUUUGUUGAAAUCAUCUCCUGGAAUGACUACGGCGAGUCUCACUAUAUCGGACCAUUGCGGGAUUAUGCCAUGGAGGCCUUUACUAUCGGUCGAGCUCCUUACAAUUAUGUCACCAACAUGCCCCAUGAUGGCUGGCGCCUCUUUCUCCCAUUCCUGAUUGAUACCUAUAAGUAUGGUACAGCAACCAUUGACAAGGAAGGCUUGACCGUUUGGCAUCGGCCCCAGCCUGCAUCGGCAUGUGGCACAGGAGGAACUUCUGGAAUUACUGCCAGCCAGUUUCAAAUUGAGUUCCCCCCAGCGGAGAUCGUGCAGGAUCACGUCUUCUUUUCUGCUCUGCUCAGCUCUCCGGCAACCGUCACGGUAAGCAUUGGUGGUGUGUCCCAGCAGGCCAGCUGGACCUGGCAACCAGACGGAGGCGUCGGGAUCUACCAUGGCAGCGUUCCUUUUGGAUCCAGCCUGGGAGACGUCGUCGUCACCGUAUCGCGCUCUGGAAAGCAGAUAGCCCAGGUCCGGGGCAGCUCCAUUUCCACCAACUGCGUCGACGGCCUGACAAACUGGAAUGCCUGGGUGGGCAGCGCCAGCGCCAGUGAAAGCGUGAAUGCAGAACCGAAAGCAAACCUCUUCAAUCAGAAAUGUAUCAAUGGCACAGGGACCAAUAACUUUGGUGGUCUUUGUGAGUUCGCCUGCAAAUAUGGCUACUGCCCCCUCGGCGCCUGUUACUGCCAGCUACAAGGGGAGGCGAGAGAUACGCCCAAUGCCACAGGCCCCAUGGGCUAUCCUCUGGCGGGACUAGAUGCCAGCUAUAGUGGUCUCUGCGCUUUUGACUGCCCAUAUGGAUACUGCCCAGACACCGCGUGCGGGACAGUGUCAGCUCCACUGAGUACUCCAACUGUCUCGGACUUUUUGCCCCCGGCAUGUAUUGCGGGCACUGGUGAAGGUAAUCUCGCGGGACUCUGUAGUUUCGCCUGCAACCUGGGACACUGCCCCAUUGCUGCCUGUACGUGUACCGCCCAAGGUGCUCUGCACACUCUUCCGCAGGCGAAAAAUGUCGUGGGUAAGGCUGCCCCAGGCAUGGACGAAACGAUAUAUGGAGGUCUAUGCGCCUUCACCUGUAUGUACGGCUACUGUCCUGAAGGGGCAUGUGUCGUGGAUAGCUCUAGCACAGGAGGCGGAGGCGGCAAUGGCAAUGGAAACUGCUCUGGUGAUGUCUACGUCGACCCGAUCAUCUUCCUGCAACCUUCUCCUGUCGUGGAGUGCAUUCCUCCUUGUGACCUCAUUCUGCCGGAGCUGAUUUUACCCACGACGACGACGAUACAUUUUUCAUCUGUGACAACCUCCAUUGUAGUGGGAGGUUCCACAAUCAACACGCUUUAUCCAAGUCCUGCUAUUCUCCGAGCCCCGUCAUUGUCUCAGCUGGAGGUAGCACCACCACCAUCGUCCUACCACCCGUAUCUGUCCAAUCAAUUCCACCUGGCAGCAUUGUUACGGAGAACUUCGCCUCCCUUGAAACCACUGACUUUGCCACCCGCGGAUUCAAAGGCACAAUACCCAUCUCUCAAGAACCUGCCUUCCCCCACAAUUACAACGACGACGAUACCAGCCCGGAACGUGGCCACGACAUCGACUAGCUCUAACACUCCCGUCGCCGUCUGGGUCCAGGCCGGAGGCUUCUACUGGUCCCCGGUUCCUGGCCCGACACCCGCGGAUAUCCCUCCCUUGCCAUCGUUCCCAGCCAUUCCAACCCCGGAAUGCUUCAAAUUUGGUGAUCUCUAUUCCAUCGACUGCCCCCCUAACCGCUUCAUUCCGACAACCACAUUCAGCAGCCAUAGCCCGCGCACCACAUGCACCGAUACCAGGAGCCCCGGGUGCGGACACUCAUGUACCAGCAAUUGCGGAACCAGUACCAGCGAGGAGUGCACCGCUCACACCGCAACCAACUACUGGGUCAGUUGCUCUGGCACCAGCUGCUCGACAACAAGAACGGCCACCUUCACCGGGUGCUCGGUGACCAACUCGGCCACGACAACGGGGGAGUAUUGCCCGACAGGUGUCACAAUCGAUCCCAAUGACGAUCAGGGCGAGGAGGGAUAUCCACCCACAUCGACCUCCAUCAUCACCACCAGCAUCCCGGAGAUCGGCAUCGUCGGAGGCGAACCGUAUUAUGUAACGGGAGGGUCAAUCAACGUCAACGGCGCGAUUAUCCAGGUGCCGAACGUUGGCGGCAGCGAGCAGGUCAGCACGACAAUAGACAACGUGCCCAUUGUCAUCAUCCCAAGCUAUUCUGGGACCAUGGCCGUGCCGGUGCUCCCAACCGCCAAGCCGACUUCCGGCUCCGGCUCCGGCUCCGGCUCGGGUUCUGGCUCUACUACAUCCUCGACGGCCACUACCACUACUACAACCAGUGCGACGGCACCGACACCAACCUCUGCUGACGGGUGUGCUGUUAUGAAUGGCAUACAGGUGGAGCGUGGGAAGAAGGUGAUCCAUGGUGCUGGCUUGUAG